AUGCCUCCCUCUCAGAGUCUCCCCCUCUGCCUCCUCUCCCUCAUAGUCUCCCCCUGCCUCCUCUCCCUCAGAGUCUCCCCCUCUGCCUCCUCUCCCUCAGAGUCUCCCCCUCUGCCUCCCCUCCCUCAGAGUCUCCCGCUGCUUCUCCCCUCCCUCAGAGUCUAUGCCUCCCUCUCAGAGUCUCCCCCUCUGCCUCCUCUCCCUCAUAGUCUCCCCCUGCCUCCUCUCCCUCAGAGUCUCCCCCUCUGCCUCCUCUCCCUCAGAGUCUCCCCCUCUGCCUCCCCUCCCUCAGAGUCUCCCGCUGCUUCUCCCCUCCCUCAGAGUCUAUGCCUCCCUCUCAGAGUAUUCCCCUCUGCCUCCCGCCUCCCUCAUAGUCUCCCCCUGCCCCCCCUCCCUCAGAGUCUCCCUCUGCCUCCCCCUCCCUCAGAGUCUCCCCCUCUCCCUCCCUCAGUGUCGUCACCCCAGAGUGUCCCCCACUGCCUCCCCCCCUCAGGGUAA